AGUUUUGAUAAACACAAAGCGGUGCCCCCAAUAAAAAAAAACGCUUCCCCUUUUUCUGAAGAGACCCCUUUCCUAUUUCUCUUUCUGAGCUUCAGUUGACCCCUUCAAUGGCAACGGAGAACGGCGCAAAGGUGAUAGUUUUGAAGAGCUCCGAUGGAGAGACGUUCGAGGUUGAGGAGUCCGUUCUCAUGGAAUCCCAGACCAUCAAGCACUUGAUUGAGGACGACUGCGCUGAGAACAUCCCCCUUCCCAACGUCACCAGCAAGAUCCUCUCCAAGGUCAUCGAGUACUGCAAGAAGCACGUUGACCACGCCUCGAAGGCCUCCUCCGACGAGAAGCUCAUCGACGACGAGAUCAAAGCUUGGGACGCAGAUUUCGUCAAAGUCGAUCAGGCCACCCUCUUCGAUCUCAUUUUGGCUGCUAACUACCUUAACAUCAAGAGCCUUCUGGAUCUUACCUGCCAGACAGUGGCUGACAUGAUCAAGGGGAAGACUCCUGAAGAAAUACGGAAAACUUUUAACAUCAAGAAUGAUUUCACACCAGAAGAGGAGGAAGAGAUCCGCAGAGAGAAUCAGUGGGCUUUCGAAUGAAAGCUUUGAUAGUUGGAAUUUGGAAUUAAUGUCAUAAAGGUUUUGGUGCCAUCUAUCAACUUCUAUUUUUAUCUAAUCGUUUGAAAGAUAUUGUAGAAUUUGGAUCAGUUGCAAUUACUGUGCUUACUGUUACCAUAUUGCUUUUUCAAUAUAUGCCUUGUGUCCGUUGUUAAAUUGAA